AUGAAGCGUGAACAUCUCUCCAUCGAGAGUCUCCCCGCCUGGGCACGACUCAACGGCAUCUCCGUCUCCCGUAUCGCAUUCAAACGACUUCAAAUUGAUGGAACCGACAAAGGAUCUGCAAUAAUAGCGGAGGGGAGACAGGAUUCUCACAGCAAAGACGUACUAUUGCAAAUUCCCUCCGAUCUAAUCCUUUCGUUAGAAGCGGUGGAUACAUAUGCCAAAUCCGACCGUUAUCUCCGCGAGGUCUUGGAAGCGGUCGGGGGCUUUGGAAAGACGGCAAGGGGCGCAAUCCUUAUCUUCCUCCUAAUCCAACUCUCCUACUCGAGCCCGGACUUUGCGAACGAAUCCCAACGAAUCGGCCUCUCGAACCCAUGGACCGAAUACGUCAAAUUCAUGCCCCCGUCGAUUCCCCUGCCUACAACUUAUACAGACGAGGAACUGGAGCUCCUACGUGGGACAUCUCUUGCGUCAGCGGUGGAUGCGAAGCUUGCCUCUCUCGAUCGGGAAUUCACAAAUCUACGAGAAUUCACGGACCGUAUAUCAUGGUGUCAUAAGCAUUGGUGGGGAGAGGAGACCGGGCGGUUGACGCUUGAGGAUUGGAAAUAUGUCGAUGCGGUGUACCGGUCGCGCAUGGUGGAUUUGCCUGGAAUUGGGCAUUCGAUGGUCCCGUGCGUUGAUAUGGCCAACCAUGCCCCUGAGAAUGCUGCGAAAGCGCGAUAUGAUAAGGAUGCAGAUGGGAAUGCGGUUCUUGAACUGCGUGGGGGGAGGGAGCUUUCGCCUAAUGAGGAGGUUAAUAUUUCGUAUGGCGAUGAUAAAUCGGCAUUGGAGAUGAUAUUCUCCUACGGGUUCUUAGAAGGUGAACGAACAGAUGCGAACUCAUUAGUACUCGACGUGGACAUCCCCGACGACGAUCCCUUGAAACCUGCAAAGAAAUUAUACUGCAAAAAGCCCCCAGGCAUGCGCCUCAACACAGCACCUGGCUCAAAAACCACCACCUGGGACAGUUCCCUAGUCUGGUGGGCUUGCGUCAACGAAGAGGACGGUCUCGACUUUAAGGUCUUGCAAACAACCACCGGAGAAAAAGAAUUGCGCGCAGUAUGGAACGACGAAGAACUAGGAGACCCCGAUGACCUCGCUAGCCUGAUAUCGGUAGACCCGCUCUGGGACGUCAUCCAGUUGCGCGCCGUCGUACUAAUCCUAGAACGACUGGAAACACAACUACAAACCCUUCGAACAACGGAAAAAGCAAUCGGCGAGAUUCGCCGUGAGGAGAAAGAAGAUAACUUGCGGCCUACAUUCCGGCCUGAGAUUUUUCGGACUGUAUCGAAGUUGCAGCGGUUAGAGGGAGAUUUGUUGGAGAGGGGGAUUGAGGAUCUUACGCGAAGGAGACAAGAACUGUUGACAUCUGAGGUGGUUAUUUCGUACCUCAGCCAGCAGGCUGCGGAAAUGGGUGAGGAUUUCUCAUGA